GACCUUCAGAGAACCAAUCAGAUCGCUGGAUUCCACACUAACAACAAACAAAAGAUCGGGGUUCCCUCUGCUGUUAUCUUUGCAUUGCUUUUACCUAAUUACGUCUGUCCCAUCGGCUGAAUGUCGUCCUAAAAAUCAAGGAUCAACUUUCUGGAUGUUUGUUCUGUCUUUGUGAGCUGCCGUUCUUCUGUUUUUACGCGAUUAAUUCUCUCGAUGGUCUUGCUAACUCUGUCACAGAGGCUGUUUGUGGCUAAUCGCAGUUAGCUGGCUGGCUAAGCCUUCCGAUCCGAAUAGAACAAGCCCGAAAUCUCUGCGGCAUCUGACAGUGGUCUCUUUUGCCACUGGAUACUGUUAGAAAGCUGUCCAGCUAAAGAUAGCUGGCAAGCUGUUGGUAUCGAGGGCAGGAAUUGGAUCGCGAUGUCAGGACCGUCAUCUGGCUGUGGGUUUCUGAUGUCGGUUGUCGUCCACGGAGACUUGGCUCUCAACGAGCAGGAAAAAGACCUCAAUCAGCGGCUCAGGCGCCUCUAUCCGGCCGUCAACGAGCAGGAGACACCGCUGCCCAGAUCCUGGAGCCCCAAAGACAAAUUCAGCUACAUCGGCCUGUCUCAGAACAACCUCCGGGUGCAUUAUAAAGGUCACGGAAAGACACCUAAAGAUGCAGCAUCUGUUCGUGCGACUCACCCUAUUCCAGCUGCCUGCGGGGUCUAUUACUUUGAGGUGAAAAUCAUCAGUAAAGGACGAGAUGGGUACAUGGGGAUUGGCCUGUCAGCUCAAGGUGUCAACAUGAACAGACUCCCAGGUUGGGACAAACACUCGUAUGGUUACCAUGGUGAUGACGGCCACUCCUUCUGCUCCUCCGGCACUGGACAGCCCUAUGGUCCAACAUUUACAACAGGCAAUGUGAUUGGCUGCUGUGUGAACCUCAUCAACAAUACCUGUUUCUACACAAAAAAUGGCCACAGUCUAGGUAUAGCCUUUACAGAUUUACCGCCUAACCUGUACCCUACAGUGGGUCUACAAACCCCAGGGGAAGUCGUGGAUGCCAACUUUGGGCAGCACCCCUUUGUCUUUGAUAUUGAGGAUUACAUGCGUGAAUGGAGAACCAAGAUUCAGGCCCAGAUUGACCGCUUCCCCAUUGGCGAGAGGGAGGGAGAAUGGCAGGCCAUGAUUCAGAAGAUGGUGGCUUCUUACCUGGUUCACCACAGCUACUGUGCCACUGCUGAAGCUUUUGCCAAAUCAACUGACCAGGCUGUGCAUGAGGAACUCGCUUCUAUCAAAAACAGACAGAAGAUCCAGAAGCUGGUCCUGUCUGGCAGAAUGGGAGAGGCUAUAGAGACCACUCAGCAACUUUACCCCAACCUAUUAGAGAGAAACCCAGACCUCCUAUUUAUGUUGAAAGUCAGGCAGUUCAUUGAGAUGGUGAAUGGGACUGACAGUGAGGUCAGGUGUCUGGGUGGAAGAAGCCCUAAAUCACAGGAUAGUUACCCAGGCUCCCCUCGCCUCUUCAACAGUCCAGCCCACAAACCCAGCAGCUCCCAGGCCUACCAGACAGGUUUUGAUAGUAAUUACUGUAAUGGAGUUUCAUCAAGUAAAGGCCACACCUCUACCCAUAGUCACAAGUCAUGUCCCCCUGCACUGCCAAGCACCGAUCUCAGUGUCCUGAAUGGGAGUCGGGGCCAGCAGACCAACUCUAGCACUGAGAUGGAGAUGGAGGUCGAUCACUUCUCAAAUGGAGUGUCCGAGUCCUCUUCAAAUGGUUUUCUGAAUGGCAGCUCUACACAUGGGACAGAGCUGGAGGACUGUGGUGCAGAUAUGGAAGUGGACAGCACUCAAUCUAAGAGACAGCUGUGUGGUGGGAGCCAGGCAGCUAUUGAGAGAAUGAUCCAGUUUGGACGAGAACUGCAGAGCAUGAGUGAACUCCUUCGCCGUGAACGGGGCAAAAACUCAGCCAAUAAGAAGAUGCUCAAGGAUGCGUUCAGUAUGCUGGCAUAUUCCGAUCCAUGGAACAGCCCUGUAGGCUACCAGCUGGACUCCAUCCAGAGAGAGCCUGUCUGCUCUACACUUAACAGUGCAAUAUUAGAGACUCAUAACCUGCCAAAGCAGCCUCCCUUGGCACUUGCCGUUGGCCAGGCAUCUCAGUGUCUGUCCCUCAUGGCUCGCGCAGGCAGUGGAUCCUGCGCCUUUGCAUCAGUGGAUGAUUACCUGCACUAACCCCUGGAGAAUUAUCCCAUAAAUAACCAUGUGAAGGAGGCCCAAAUCAUCCUAAUCCAUCCCAGAGUCCCGAAACUGGGCCCAGUUUUGAAACCAUGGCCUGAUGAACUGAGCCUCCACAUGGCCAGACCCAUCCUGGCUCUCUGAUAGACUGGAUCAUCUUCACCCAGGCCCAAAAAGCCUAAAGAUGCAUUAGGAGAGGGAUCCUUCACAGUCAGAUAAAAUCCCAAAUCAUUAUGGUCUUUUUUUCCCUUUUGUCUUUUUUAUUUUGAGGGAUGGGAGGUGUUGUUGAGUGGGUGGGUGGGGCGCAGCAGGCUGAUUGUUUGUUUCCUAAUUUACAAGGCAUGAGGAAAAUUAUUAUGACAUAAUUAAUGUUAUUAUCAGUAAACUUGCAUAUAAGAUAUAUUUGUUCUUGGUUGAAAGCAGGCAGAGUGAGCAAGACCAAUAACUAAGGUCCCACUGCAGUAAAACCCUGCUAUUUUCUGGUCUCUGCUUGUGUACUUAUACCAUUUUAAAAAAAAAGAAAAGAGAAAAAAAUAUUUAAAUAAUAUAAACAUAAGGAGUGGAAGAUUUAGUUGCAUUACAGUUAAAAAAAAUUUAAUCCACAAGACCUAACACUGCUGGACUCAUCCUUAGUGGUGGUACUUAGUAUAGAGUGUUAACGUGAGCUGUUUGAGUUAUGCCCUUCUUUGUGCAAGCGCACCCUCUCUCUGCCAACUGCACAUCAGGACUGAUGCAAUGUUCGGACACUUUGAUUUGUAAUUGUAUUGAUGUCUAUGGUAUUUUCAGCCACCUCGAUCCCUUUCUCCUUUUUUUUUUUUUUUUUUUUUUUUAAAGUCUGUUUUCUGGUGUUCUCUCAUCACUCAUUGCCGCACUGUAUUUUUGUGCAGUUUGGAUGUGUGACAGGAACGUGGUAAAAUAAGGUCAUACCCAGUCCUGGAGAGGCAAGCCAUCUCCAUUGUUUAUUCUCCUGUUUACCAGUCAAGCCCUCAGACCAUCAGUACUUUUAAUAACAAGGAGAAUAAUACAGUAUUGUCAUCAACACUGUCUUAUCAUUUUCAGUAAUAAAACAAAUACCCAGUUGAAGAAGAUAUACCAGGUCUGUUUCCACACACUCCAGUGUGUAUUUGGAUGUAGCACAACCUUAGUGGUGGUGGUAGUAAUACUAGUUUGUUACUAAAUUAGUUAUUAUCUAUAGUAUAAUUACAUAUGAACAAUGCCAGUGUGAAUCAUAGCCAAAUGUUUCACAUCACAUGUAUUAUUUAUGCCACAAAUUUUUGUUUAGUACAGGGGGGCCGCAAGUGGGUGCUGUGGGCAGACUAAAACAGUGCAAGGAACGAAAACUGAAAACGAACAAGUUUUUGCAUUACGUAACCAAAACCGUGAACAAAGUGAUUUUAAAUUGUACCGGAGUGAAAAUAUUAUUUUUAAAUGGUGGUAACCGGUUCUAACAGGUUUCAUGAAAAAUGUAUCUGAACAAACUGAACCAAAGGCAAAAGGGUUUAUCGCUGUACUUUUUUGGAAUUACACCACUUUGUGUUGCCCAAAGUAAUGAAACUUUCUUUGAUCCUGAAGGAAAUUGCUGCAUCACAAAUUAUUUUGCCUAAUUGCCCAUUGUGGAUGUCACAUUCUGUGAAUGAAGACCUUUUGAAAAACUAAAUAUACUGUGUAUGCACAGCUAAUCCAGAAAACAUUA